AUGAGCUCUGAAGCGUGUAGCCGCCGAGGCCGAGGCCAGUCAGUGUCUCUGCUCUGGCUGCUGCUGCUACCGCCCUUGGCCACCCCAGGGCUGCGAGGCUCCCUGCCCAUGGCCACCCCCGCCCUGGCUGCCGGCGAGACGUUGGAGGGCAGCGUCCCCGCCCGCAGUGCGCAGCCGUUGGCCCCGGGAGCCCCAGGUACAAUGGCGGCGUGCGUUGUGUGGGGUGAAAGCACUACACUGCAGGGCUGGGGGCUGGACUGUGGAUGGAGGCCAGCAAGCCCGGGUUACCUGGGUUUCAUCUCCUCUCCGCCUUCCCUUCCAGGAGGCAGCCCAGAGGCCACUCAGCGCAGACGGACAGGGGGAGGGGUUGUCUCCACAGUGUGUGGGAAGCCUCAGGCGAUGGGGAGAAUCUAUGGCGGCCAGGACGUGGUGGCUGGCCAGUGGCCAUGGCAGGCCAGCCUGCUGUACCAAAACGUGCACAUCUGCGGAGCUGUCCUCGUCAACUCCCACUGGCUGGUUUCUACCGCUCACUGCUUUCUCAACAAAUCCCAUGCCCCGGAGGACUACCAGGUCCUGUUGGGAAGCACCCGGCUGUACCAGCACACCCAGCACACCCGGAAGAUGUCUGUGAGCCGGAUUAUCACCCACCCGGACUUUGAGAAGUUCCACCCCUUCGGGAAUGACAUAGCCAUGUUGCAACUGCACGUGCCUGUGAACUUCACUUCCUACAUCAGCCCAGCCUGCCUCCCAACCCCUGCCAUGCAGCUGCCCAGUGACUUGUCCUGCUGGAUAACCGGCUGGGGGAUGCUCAGCGAAGAGACGCAUCUACUCCCGCCCUUCCAACUCCAGGAGGGUAAGGUGGGCCUCAUUGAGAACAAGUUCUGUAAUAUGCUAUAUGGACAAAGACUCGGCAAAGGCAGGACCUAUUCUGUGCAUGAAGAGAUGCUGUGUGCCGGGGACUUCUUAACAGGAAAAGCCAUCUGCAAAGGUGAUUCCGGGGGCCCUCUCAUCUGUGACCUCCUCAGUUCCUGGGUUCUGGUGGGGCUGGCCAGCUGGGGUUUGGACUGCCGGCACCCCAUCCACCCCAGUGUCUUCACCAGCGUCAUCUACUUCACUGACUGGAUUGACAAGAUCCAAAGGCUUACACCUCUUCCUGAUCCCACUGCUGCUCUUCCUCAUACCCAGUUUCCAUACCAUGCUCUGCAGGCUGUGGGCUCUCCAAGGCCUGGCACAGCCAUGAAUCCUCCACAGACCUGGAUCCCAUUGCUGCUUGUGCUCAGGGCCUGGUAG